AUGUCGUUUCUGCGUAACUUAGUCUACAGUUUUAGGGAUGAACGUUCCCGUCGAGACAAGGCGCGGGCUAUCGCAACCGAGAUCUUGAACACAUACGAUGCGCUCCAGGCUCAGGAUUCCUUGGAGCCGAGUCCAAAGGUCAACGAGCUUUUGACAAACCUAGUCGGCCUAUGCGCGUCAAGUCAGGAUGAGCGCGUCGUGAACAUGGUCCUCGGCUCCAAGCCUCUUCGGCGCGUCCUCUUGGAGCUCCGCGAGAUGUGCUCGACGGCCGAGUUCCACCUCGAGUACCACUGGUCGAAGCGCAUUCAUUCUCGCGAGGAGGCAUGCGACUCCUCUGGCGUCUGGGAGCCCGACGCCUGGGACCGCCUGCGAGCUUUCCCGUACUUUGGUAACUACGAAGAGCUGGUGCGAAUCGAGCUUUCUGCCAUCUUUACCGUCCUCCAUGCACCUCCGGCCAAGAUUGCCUACAUUGGCUCGGGGCCCUUGCCCCUGACGUCGUUCUGCCUACUGCAGGCGCUGACGGAGGGACCCAAUCCCUGGGGGUCCAGCUCCCCUAUUGAAAUCUUGAAUAUUGAUCGGAGCGCCGACGCUGUGGCUACUUCCAAGGCAUUGGCGCAAGACUUGGGUCUCGUCGAGAAAGGCAUGCAGUUCACUGUAUCGGAUGCUGAUGAUGAGAAACUGGAUUUGAGCGGGUUUCCCGUCGUAUGCCUGGCUGCACUGGUCGGAGCUACCCAGAGCGAAAAGGAAGAUUUACUCUGCAGCAUCGCGAGCCGGAUGGAUGCUGGUGCCUUGUUGGUGACGCGCUCCGCUUGGGGCUUGAGGAAGUGUUUAUAUCCGGAGCUGCGUAUUACCGACCGGCUACUGGAGCAUUUAGAGAUCUGUCUCGUACUUCACCCACACGGCCAUGUCAUCAAUUCAGUCGUGGUAGCUCGUGUAAAGCCUCGGUCUAAAGCUGUAUGA